AUGGCGGCGGUGCUCGACUCCUUCGUCAAGCGAUGCACGGCGUCACUGGAAGACUUCGCCGGCCAGGAGGCCUGCGCCGCCCUCGGCACCGGGGACGACGUCAGGGGCCUACUGGCCACGCUGUCGCGCAUCGACGCCAUCAUCUCCCAUGAGGAGCGGCGGAGGGUCUUUAGUGCCAAAGCUGAUGCCUGGGUGGUGCAGGUGAAAGACGCCAUGUACGAGAUCGACGACGUCAUCGAUGUCUGCAUGAUCGAGGGCGCAAAGAUCCUCUUUGAUGACCGCCCGCCCACGCCCAAGGUCCGAUGCUUCUCCUGCUUCAAGCCUUCAGGGCCCCGGAAGUUCCGCCAUGAGAUCGGCUUCACCAUUAGGGACAUUGAUCUCAGGCUCAGGGAAGUAGAGGAGGAAAUGCCUAGACUUCCUGCUGGAUCAGCUCACUCUGAUGAUGCAAAAAGGGACUGGUUCAGCCAUGACGUCUGUAAGAAUUGUUCAGACGUGAUGAAGCCCCAAGCAGUUGGGUCGCAGGUCCAGAAGGCUGUGGGUGGCCUUGUGCCAAGGAUGCUUAGAGAGGGCAAGAAGAAGGUGGAUGUCUUCGCCAUCAUUGGUGCGGUGGGGAUUGGCAAGACUACGCUUGCUAGGGAGAUCUACAAUGAUGACAGGAUGACUGAAAAUUUCCCCAUUUGUGUGUGGGUCGACAUGUCCAAGGAUUUAUCGGAGCUAGAUUUCCUCAAAAUGAUCAUCAGGGGUGCUGGUGCCAAUGUUGGGGAUACAGAAAACAAGGAGGAACUCCUCAUCCUCCUCGGUUCUGCCCUUUCAAAAAGGUUCCUCCUUGUCCUGGAUGACUUGGACAGCCCGAGCAUAUGGGACAAUCUGCUCAAAGAUCCGUUGGGAGAUGGUGUCGCGAGAGGAAGAAUACUGAUCACAACUCGGAAUGAGGAAGUGGCGGCAAGCAUGAAGGCAACUAUCCACCGUGUUGACAAAAUGGACCCUGAGAAUGCCUGGGCAUUAUUGUGCAAACAAGUUGAUCCAGAAUGCAAUUUGGAAGAGCUUGCAACAUUAAAGGAUGUUGGGAUUAAGAUUGCAGAGAAAUGUGAUGGCCAUCCUCUAGCAAUCAUGGUCAUUGCAGGUGUUCUAAGGUCAAGAGGCAACAUCAAGGCUGAAUGGGAGAUGGUUCUGAAUAAUGAUUCUUGGUUCAUGAGCCCGGUCCUUCCAGAAGUACCACAAGCUGUGUAUGUGAGUUAUGUUGACCUGCCUUCUCAGCUGAAGGAGUGUUUCCUCCAUUGCUCUCUGUAUCCAGAAGAAUACCCCAUUCAGCGCUUUGAUCUUGUGCGGCGUUGGAUUGCUGAAGGAAUUGUAAAUGCCAGAGACAACAAACUGCUCGAAGAAUCAGCUGAAGAGUACUAUGUAGAAUUGAUAAGCAGAAACCUACUACAGCCUGAUCCUGAAAGUGUUGAGCGAUGCUGGAUAACACACCAUCUUCUCCGCUCACUAGCCCGCCUUUUGAUAGCAGAUGAGAGUAUCUUAAUCUAUGGUCAGCAGAAAUUGAACACCUCAUUGUCAAAGCCCCGACAUCUCACAUUGUGUAACAUGGAAAACAGCUUGGACGGUCCGAUUUCACUGAAGCAGCAGAUGAGCUUAAGGUCACUGAUGCUCUUCAAAAGCCCAACUGUCAGAGCAGUUGAUCUUCUCAUCGAGUCAGCUUCAUGCUUGCGUGUAUUAGAUUUGAGCAAUACAGCAGUGGAGGCCCUCCCGAAAUCCAUUGGCAACUUGGUGCAUUUAAGGUACCUCAAUCUUGAUGGAACUCAGGUCAGAGACAUACCUUCUUCCAUUGGAUUUCUCAUAAACUUGCAGACCUUGGGCCUUCAAGGUUGCCAAAACUUACAGAGACUUCCUUGGUCCAUCAGGGCGUUGCUAGAGCUUAGAUGCCUUUGUCUCAAGGGAACUUCCCUAAGCUAUGUACCAAAGGGUGUUGGUGAGUUGAAGCGUCUCAAUCAUCUAGAUGGUCUAAUCAUCGGUCAUGACAACAAUGCGCCUGAGGGUUGUGACUUAGAUGACCUUAAAGCUUUGUCAGAACUAAGGCACCUUCAUGUAGAGAGUUUGGAUAGGGCUACUUCUGGUGCUGCUGCACUCGCAAACAAGCCAUUCCUAAAGGAUCUGUACCUCUCUGAGCAAGCCCCAGUAAUAGAAAACCAGGAGAGUCUGGAGGACAAAGAUGGAACAGAAAAAGAAGAGAAGGAAGAGCAGGAAGGAAGCAAUGACCAAUGCAGGGGAGAUGAAUCAGCCAAAGCUAGUGAAAAGAUAUGGAAUGAGCUCACCCCACCCCAUAGCAUCGAGAAGCUGGUAAUCAAGAACUACAAAGGUGUAAAGUUUCCGAAUUGGGUAAGAGGUCCCAAGCUAGGAGCCUCCUUCCCCAGCCUUGUGUUUUUGGAUCUUGAAAACUGCAUGGCAUGCACUAAACUGCCUUCACUUGGCCUCCUGAGUCAACUCCAGUCCCUGCAAAUCUCAAAUGCGGACUCAGUCAUCACCAUUGGUUCAGAAUUCCUUGGGACCACUGUACUUUCACCAGCCACUUCAUUUCCCAAGCUUGAGGUUUUAAAGCUCAGAAACAUGAAGAAACUUGAAGAGUGGUCUUUAACUGUGGAGGAGAACCAGGUACUGUUACCUUGUUUGAAGUCACUGCAGAUACAGUGGUGCCCUAAACUGAAAGCUCUACCAGAAGGCCUGAAGCAUGUAGCGCUGUGUGAACUUCAUGUGGAGGGUGCACAUAGCCUAACUGAAAUCAAGGACCUGCCAAAACUAUCUGAUGAGCUCCAUCUCAAAGAUAACAAGGUGCUCCAGAGGAUCUCCAACCUGCCCAUGCUUCGUUCCAUCAUUAUUGAUGACUGCUCAAAGCUGAAGCAUGUGGCAGGUCUUGACGCGCUGCAGUGCCUCAGACUUGUGUUUCCUCCGUCCACCGAGACAUUUUAUUUCGAAGAGCUAAUCAUUUUCUGGAGCAUUGCCUUCCCACGGUGGCUGGAGCUACUGAUUCAAAAGUGCAAAGGCCUGAGACGGUUCGAGUUGCAGUGCGGUCUGUCAUUACUCAGGAGCUGCCUCGACGGUGGCAAGAACUGGCCCCUAGUGCAGCAGGUCCCUGAGGUGCGCAUCAUAAGCUGUGAUGGCAAGAGGUAUUUUCGGUAUAACAAGAGUCGUCGCAUUUACGAAACUAAUGCACAGUCAGAAGAAUGA